GCGGCGGCUGCGUUGCGUGUGGGCGACGCGCAGUCAGCUGGCCGCAGCGCCGGGACAUGGACGCCGACAGACAUGAUGAGCGUAGCUGCUGCAUUUCCGACCCACAGAAAGUGGAAGUGCAGGCGGUUGUUGUCAACUGCCAAGAGUUGAAAAGUCUCAACAAUGUAUAUGAACCAACUACAGUACAAGUGGAAACGGCGCCUGCGUUACCUCAGAUAUUUGCUACAGCUGCCGCUAUGUCGUUCCACAUAGUUGUCGGUGUUUCACUGGCAUUUUCUGCUAUACUAGUACCAAGUAUUAUGAAGGAAGCAGACGAACUUAAUAUCUCUAAAUCACAGGCGUCGUGGCUUGCCAGUUCUUUAGUACUGUUUGUGCCGGUUGGAACAAUGACUGCUGGCUGUCUUAUGGAAUCAUAUGGUCGUCUCAACGCAAUCAAAAUGGCAGCUAUACCUUCUAUAGUAGGCUGGGCCUUAAUCGGAAGUGGGCAGAGUUUCGUGCCUCUACUUAUUGGAAGAAUGUUAACCGGCAUAGGCACAGGUAUGGGAUCGAGUCCAGCUGUUGUCUACACGACAGAAAUUGCAAAGCCAGAGAUCAGGGGAGCUUUGACUUCGGCGGGAGCAACGCUUGCAUCACUUGGAAUGCUUAUAAUCUACGGCGAAGGAGCAUUACUACAUUGGCGAACCUGUUCCUGGCUGAGUAUGAUAUACAUAAUUGUACCAAUAAUUCUCGUAUGGACGUGCAUUCCCGAGAGCCCAGUCUGGCUCAUUGCAAGAGGAAGAGUUGACGAAGCAGAGGCAUCGCUCAAAUGGUUCGGUGGCAAAAACAAAUCGCUACACAAGAGACAGCUAGCUGCGAUGGUUAGAUCGCAGGACAUGCGGGCGCUCGCCGUUUCAAGCUUCCCCAUGCGCAUGAAGUCCUUCCUGAAACCCACUGGCUACAAGCCAUUGGGAAUCAUGUUUGUGCUUUUUAUCGUUCAGCAGUUUUCAGGAAUUUAUAUAACACUGUUCUAUGCAAUCAACUUCUUCGAGGACAUUGGAACUGAGAUAGAUCCAAACUUGGCGACUGUAUUCCUGGGGAUGGUGCGAUUUGGUAUGAGCGUGGCAAACACAAUUUUAUUGAAACACUUCGGUCGUCGAACACUCUGUUUCUUCAGCUGCUUCGGCAUGUCCAUUAGUAUGAUACUGUCGGGAUUUUCUACAAUGUACAUAAUGAAUGGAGGUGGUUUAACUUGGAUUCCUGUAGUUUGUGUGCUGGCCUAUGUUUGCACAAGCAUGUCAGGAUUGUUGAGCAUCCCAUGGAUCAUGACUGCAGAGCUUUUCCCAACUGAAAUAAGAGGAAUUGCGCAUGGUAUUGUCAUGUCAUUUGGGUACCUCGCUAUGUUUGCCGCCAUCCAGUGCUAUUUUGACAUGCUCUACUAUUUUGGUGGAGCACAUGUGUUGCAGUGGUUCUUUGCUGGCAUGUCAUUAUUAGGAGCAGUACAUGUGUGGAUUUUCCUGCCUGAAACCCAUAGUGUCACAUUGUCAAGCAUUGAACAGUACUUUAAAGAAAAUAUAUUUUACUGCAGGUAUCUAAGAAAACAAGCCAGAGAGGCAGCACCAAAUUUAUAAACAGAAACAAGUCUUAGUACAAAUUUCUUUCUAUUUUUCUGUGGUAUUUUGUAUUUAAAAAGCCAGUAUUAUUUAUGUUGAAAGCACUCAGAGGAGUUACAUUGCCUAAGUAAAUAUGUCAAUAAUACAAUUACUGAUAACAAGUAUGAGAAGAGAAUUCUUCAUGAAAAAAAAAAAUUUAAAAAAAUUAUACAUUUUGCAUUCCAACCUAUUAUCAUACCAAUACACCUCUCUUUAGCCAAUAAAUCAAUUAUUAAUUGAAAUAACAUACCUUAAAGGAAGUGGAAAUGAAAUAUUUCUCAGAAUGCUAAAAACAAAACAACAGAAAUUGUCAUACUGAAAAUGACCUAUUGUGCGCAACUUCUGCUCACAGUAUUGCUGCAGCCUUUGAUGACAUUACUCAAAAGAUUUUUAGUCUUCUUACUUUUGAAUUAUAUAAUUACAGUAUUUCAUAGAGCUCUCUGGAAAAUUUCAGCAUAUUUUCUACUUUAUUAGAAUUAUAAUGAAAGGCUGUUACCACCCAAGGAAGAGGUAUGCUCAUAAACACUUCUGAUAAUUCAAAGUAACAAUAAUUAUUGUCAAUGAUCUAAAGCCUGAAAGAGAAGCUUGUGUGAAGUAUCAGAACCAGUCUGAUAAACAAAGAAUACAAGAGAGUAAAAUAAAAUUAACUGUAAUAACACUGUUGAGAAGCUCUAAGUAAAGUUGUUAUCAUGUCCCUCUAAACAGGAAAUCUAAUUGUUCCACUGAUAUUUUUGGUUUCAUACUAGAAUGCAGGAGUGGCAUUAUGCUUGAUAUUUGGAGUGUGUGGAACCAGUUUACAAUUCAGUAUUACUAGUGAAAGUUUGGCUCAUCUUCCUUCAACCAUUACAUCUUUUGUUUAAUACACACUGUGCAGUAUAGGUGAUUGUGAUAAGAGUGUAUUGAAAGUGAUAGUGACUGUACUACAAAUGAGUUCAGGAAUAAAGGAAGGAGAGUGGAUUAAAUGAGGAGGCAGCUCACAGUCUGCUUCUGUUUCAGAAAGACCAGUGAAUUUUCCAGGUACAUAUUAAUUUUAAUUCAGUAUCGUGAUUUUAUUGAAUUAUACACAGGAAAACAGUUUUAAUUAUAGUACAAUUUUGGUGAACAGACAAAAAUUUUGAGAUGAAAUUUGUGCAACCUUUUUUAAUGACUGGUGUCUUCAAAUGCAAUUAACAUCACCUCAAAUGUGUUCUAAUUACUCACCAGGAAAAUGAAAGGGUGAGGAUUUUAUUUAUGUAAGAUAUUGCCAAAUUAUGAUGUGCACUAAUUUAGAAUAAAUGUAUAAAUUCAAAAUUUAACAUCAUAUUAAAAUACCUGAUUAUCAUUACUGGAAAAUAACAUAGUUAAGUUCACAUGCCCUAUAUUGAUCUCAUGUAAUGAUUACACAAUUAAUAUUUACUGUAUUAUCUUUCAGUAUACUCCUUACUUGCAAACCAUACAAAACAACAAAUGAGUAGCCUUGAUGCAAAAUCUGCUAACUGCAUGAUAAGUGAAACUCAAAUAUUUCUGAAAAACUCAUCACAUCCGAACUAUUAAAACUAAAGACUUUAUUUCUUUUUUUAAAAUAAAGUAAAAAUAUAAUUAAUGACUCAAUAUUAAUGGCUGAAAUCUGCACUUAUGUUUUAUACAUUGAAAUCUUCAGUGAAAUAUUGGCUUAGUUGUUUUUGCAAACGUAUCAGUCCAAUUAUGGAACAAACAUUCAGUUAUAAAACACACUAUUCAGCGAUAUGUAAGGAAUGAUAGGAGGAUGGAAUUUAAUUAUUGAGAAUGCAAACAGAAUAUGUUUUAUUUCAAAGAGAAAGCUGAAAAUUCUGCAAAACUGGCAUAUAAAGUGACAAUAUUUUACCAGGAAAAACUGAUUUCUUUAACUUCAAAAAUCUUUUUAACACACUCAUGCUUUUGACAUCACAGGAUACUGUAGGGAAGGAAAUAAACUCCAAAUUGCGUCUUAGUAAAACAUCAACAAAAUCUUAGAAAAUGAAGAAAUUGAUGGGAAGUUGCAUCUUAGUUAAAACAGUCACAAAAAGAUCUAGGAAAUGAAAUUGGACAUUUACCGAGCUUUGCACCCAAAGAAAACGUGGAGUUAGUCACUUAUGCAACUGAACAUCAUUUUCUACAGCCAUUUUCAACAGUUUAUAAUGGGUUUUGCACCCUGAAAGCUAUUCCAUUGUGUAGGUGCUGAAAAAAUCUAUACAGCAGUGUGUCCAACUCAAAAUUGACAAAAAAUGCAACUGUUGCAUCUGAGCUACUCAAAUAUAAGAGUUAUUAUUAUGUUGCAAAUAGAGGGCUAGAUGAUUCAUCAAGAAAGUGUAAUAUAUGAAGUGUACUUUGAUCUGAAGUUUUUUUCAGUUUGUGGCUGUAAUAUGUUAACUGCACGCAGAAUGUUUUAUUUUCAGUUUUGAAAUACUACAAUGAUUUACCAUACAACAAAUUUGUUAAGUUAUCCCUGAAGGUGCAGUAUACAUGAAAAAUACUCUCCACAAAACCAAAACAAUUUUCUACUGAUGGAAAAUGAAAGAAAGUAGGUGUGGAAUUGAAACUAGUCAUAAUAUUCAUAGAACCCAGAUCAAUGGUUCUGUGGUGCAAGCACCCAUCUUGAUUAGUUUCAAGAAAAAAGGAGUUUUAUUAAGUUCGAAUUUUUUGUAGAAACCUGUACCACAGAAUUUUUUUUGUUUUGACAUUGUAGUACAAAAUUCAGAUCAAACUUUUACAUAUAAAUGAAUAACGUUCUGUAUCAA